CCUGACAUUUUUCAUAUUAAUCCGGAGCCCGGAAAUUACUUUCGAAACCCAGAGAUUCCUGGUCAAGCCCAGAGAGAUGGCUACCCUAAGUGGAUAAUGAGCACUUUCAAUGACUUGGCCACCGUUAUCAGAUCGACCUCCGCGUGCCCACUUUUGACUUCUAGUAGAAUCUCGAGGAGGGCAACCGCUCUAUUCGCCUCUCUCUACAGAACUUCCACUGCCGCCAUUUUGGGAACAUCUACGUGGUCUCUAAUGACGGUGACGAAGAAAGAAAGCGAUGACCCUGUGGACACGAAAGGCAGCAGCGAGGGGAACUUCGAACCACUACAUUGCCCUGAGAUGCAUGUGAACAUUCGGCUCUUACGCACCUUCGGUCUGUGGUCGUUGGCUGCUGACACAAAGCUGUGGAUCUACCGCUCCGACCUCGAGCAGCUCACCGACAAUCUCAGCGUCACCCUGGCCCACACAGCCAACAUCUGCAAGAUUAUUCCGCUCUUCUUCAUGCGGCAGCUUCGCACACUGAUAGAUCCAAUAAUGUUUGCUGAAUGCCUGACCAUGUCUAUCCAGCUAUGUGUGCUAAUUUUUCAGGCAACCACGAGUUUGCUGGUUCAGGAUGCUGCCUAUGAGAGCAAUUGGUACAGUGCCUACAGCUCGGGCUAUAGAAAAUCUAUUGUUAUAAUGAUGUCUAGGGCCAUGCGGGAAAGCCAUAUUAAAGCAUUUUCUUUUUCAACUGUUUCCCUCGAGCUAUUCACUGGGCUUCUGAAGGCUUCGUAUUCUUAUUAUACUUUAUUGCGCCAAGUUCAUGAAGAAGAAGAACUAAUGGUUGAUUGAAACUUCUGAGUGUGUUUUCAUAAUUAAACCUUAAACGUUCAUUGAAAGAAAGUAAUUAUGAAUUCAUUGCAAUAAAUCGUCUAAUUAACUGGUAGAAUAAUUAGUAAUCACAGUCGCUGAAUAUUAAUCAUACAUGAUUUAUUUUGUUGUAGAAAAAGGUGUCCUUAAUAGAAACUUUCACAUUACAUAGUUAAUAAGUAGAUUAUUUUAUAAAUAAUAAUUUACUUAGUUAUUCGCUAAUUUUAUAACUAUUACAUGUAACUGUACAUUUAAGCAAUUUAUUAAUAUAUUGUACUAAGAAUGUAUAUUUAUUAUGAAGAAAUGCAAAAUUACU